CGAAAGCAGAGGAGACCUCCACACCUGUAUAUAUAUCUACUCCGCUCCCCAUUUUCUCUCUCGGACACCUGUGAUUCUGUGUUUUACUUUUCCUGAGAGAGAGAGAGAGAGAGAGUUUUGGAAAUGGCAAGCGAGGAAGUGAGCAACAAGCAGGUGCUAUUGAGGGACUAUGUCACUGGUUUUCCCAAGGAGUCCGACAUGGACGUGAAGACAAGUAGCAUAAAGUUGAAGGUUCCCGAUGGUUCCAAGGCGGUUCUGGUGAAGAACCUCUACUUGUCCUGCGAUCCCUACAUGCGUGGCCGUAUGAACCGGCCCAUUAUCGCCAGCUACAUUGGUUCCUUCCAACCCGGUUCGCCUAUUGCUGGAUAUGGAGUGUCUAAAGUUUUGGAUUCUGGGCAUCCAGACUUCAAGAAAGGCGACUUGGUUUGGGGAAUAACUGGGUGGGAAGAAUAUAGUCUUAUUACAGCAACUGAGUCUCUGUUUAAAAUUCACAACACUGAUGUGCCUCUCUCCUACUAUACUGGAAUUCUUGGUAUGCCUGGUAUGACUGCUUAUGCUGGUUUUUAUGAGAUUUGCUCUCCUAAGAAAGGAGAGUAUGUCUUCGUUUCAGCAGCUUCCGGGGCUGUUGGUCAGCUUGUUGGACAGUUUGCAAAGCUAUUGGGCUGCUAUGUUGUUGGAAGUGCUGGGAGCAAAGAUAAGGUUGAUUUGCUGAAAAACAAGUUUGGGUUCGACGAGGCUUUCAACUACAAAGAAGAGUCUGACUUGGGUGCAGCUUUGAAAAGGUACUUUCCAGAAGGUAUUGAUAUUUAUUUUGAGAAUGUUGGGGGAAAGAUGCUUGAUGCAGUGCUACAGAACCUGAGGGUCCAUGGCCGCAUUGCUGUAUGUGGGAUGAUCUCACAGUACAACCUUGAGCGCCCGGAAGGUGUGCAUAGUUUAUCAGCUCUGUUUCUGAAACAGGCCCGAAUGGAAGGAUUUCUGGUUCCCAGUUUCUAUCACAAGUACUCAAAUUAUCUUGAGUUGGUUCUGCCUUACAUCAAAGAAGGGAAGGUUACCUAUGUGGAAGACAUAGCUGAAGGCCUAGAGAGCGGCCCAGCAGCUCUGGUAGGGCUCUUCACUGGCCGCAAUGUUGGAAAACAGGUGGUGGUGGUUGCUCGUGAAUGAAUGACUAUGUGUGCAGCUCCAUAGCUCAAAAGCUUUAGGUCCCCUGGAGGAUCAUCUACUGAAAAUGCACCUUCUACGUGUGUUUUUUAAGGAAGUGUUUGGAGUUGUGCUUCCAUAAUAAUAAGUGUUCUGUUUUUUAUGCCAGGAAAAUUCAGAACUAGCCCUUUAUCCAAUAAAUCACGAAUAUAAUUGAGUUGGAAGUA